UUAUGAAAGCUGGAGAUCUGGUCUCAGUGUAUUCAGAUAUUGAAGGGAAAUGUAAAAGAGGAGCCAAAGAAUUUCAAGGAGUCAAAGUUUUCCUUGGAAAUGGGAUUUCAGCACUGAGUCGCAGUGAAAUCUUUAGUUCAAGUGGACCGUUGAAUGGGAUGGGCAUAAGAAUGACAGAGCCGGUCUACCUUAGUCCUUCAUUUGACAGCGUGCUCCCUAGUCAUUUGUUUUUACAGAACUUGCCUUCUGUGGUCGUGAGCCAUAUUUUAAACCCUCAACCAGGAGAGAGAAUUUUGGACAUGUGUGCUGCCCCUGGAGGAAAAGCAACCCAUCUUGCAACAUUAAUGCACGACCAGGGUGAAGUAAUAGCCAUGGACAAGAUAGCUACCAAGGUCAAAAAAAUUAAGCAGAAUGCUGAAUUGCUACAGUUGAAUUGCAUAAAGGCAUUUUGCUAUGAUGGAACAAGGGCACUUUCAGUUGAGAAGAGAGAGGAUGAACAAGAAGGACCUCCAUUCUUACCAGAGUCAUUUGAUCGAAUUCUUCUUGAUGCUCCGUGUAGUGGGAUGGGACAGAGACCAAACAUGGCCUAUUCCGCGACUUUAAAGGAAGUGACCUCUUAUCAGCCACUACAGCGCAAGCUUUUCACUGUGGCAGUGAAAUUGCUGAAACCAGGAGGUGUUUUAGUAUAUAGUACAUGUACGAUUACACUCUCUGAAAAUGAGGAGCAAGUUGCUUGGGCCUUGAAAACUUUUCCAUACCUCCAGCUUCAGCCACAGGAACCUCAUAUUGGAGGAGAAGGCAUGAGGGGAGCUGGACUGUCGCUUGAUCAGCUGAAGCUGCUGCAGAGAUUUGAUCCAUCUGCUGUGACGUUGCAAGGAAUGGAUAUUAAUUCUUUGCAAGAUUCCAGGGAAGAUGAUCUGAUUUCACUGGCCAAUAAGGACUGUAUAGGAUUCUUUAUUGCAAAAUUUAUUAAAUCUAACAGUGAAUAAGCAUUUAGGAAUGCAACCUGAAAAAAUAUGUCUGUGAGUCUAAGAACAGUUCAGAUGUGAAGUGUGUUUCUCACUGCUGCAAUGUUGCCAAGCCAACGGGCUGACGGCAGGGUUGCUAUGGCAGCCAUAAAAUCUGCCAGCUGUUCUGCUGGGAAAGAGCCACAGGUUGCAGAAAGCAAGCCACAGUUGGGGGAGGGGUAGUGUAAUUUUUAAGUUUCCAUUUGCUUUUGUAUUUACAGCAGGUCAGUGCGUGAAUUGCAAGUAUGUUCACUCAUACUGCUGUCUGUUCUAUCUUUGCCCAUGUGAGUCACUCAUCUGGUGCAGCAAGCACAGGAACAGGG